AUGCUGGGCUGGUGUGAAGCAAUAGCCUGUAAUCCUCGCAGGAUUCCUACCACCACUAGGACCCCAGAGGGCUCAGAAGAGUGGGCUGAUACCUCGCAAGCCUCCACACUGAAUGACAAAUCCCCAAGGCGAUCUGCAAGUCGAUCAAGUAAUAUUUCAAAAGCCAGCAGUCCAACAACUGGGACAGCUCCCAGGAGCCAGUCAAGGUUGUCUGUCUGUCCAUCCACUCAGGACAUCUGCAGGAUCUGUCACUGCGAAGGGGACGAGGAGAGCCCGCUCAUCACGCCCUGCCGCUGCACAGGCACCCUACGCUUCGUGCACCAGGCCUGUCUGCACCAGUGGAUCAAGAGCUCUGACACACGCUGCUGUGAGCUGUGCAAGUAUGACUUCAUCAUGGAGACCAAGCUCAAGCCUCUGCGGAAGUGGGAGAAACUGCAGAUGACCACAAGCGAAAGGAGGAAAAUCUUCUGCUCCGUCACUUUCCACGUCAUUGCCAUCACCUGCGUGGUCUGGUCCUUGUACGUGCUGAUAGAUCGGACGGCAGAGGAGAUCAAGCAGGGAAAUGAUAAUGGUGUCCUCGAAUGGCCAUUUUGGACAAAGCUGGUUGUGGUGGCCAUCGGCUUCACAGGAGGUCUGGUCUUCAUGUAUGUACAGUGCAAAGUCUACGUGCAGCUGUGGCGCAGGCUGAAGGCCUACAACCGCGUGAUCUUCGUGCAGAACUGCCCAGACACCGCCAAGAGGGCGGAGAAGAACCGCUCUUGCACCGUGAGCAUGGACACCAAGGACGCUGGGGCGGUGCCCGCACUGCAGACAGGGACCACCGCACUGCCACCAGCGGAGGCUGGCCCCACUGAGCUCAUACCUGUGUGAUGGGGCCAGUGGAGGCCUGUCACCGAGUCCAGCCUGUCACUACAGAUGACAGAAGCGAUCCUGAGUAGUCACCCUCUAUCUUCUCUCCGCUUUCUGACUCAUUUGUUCUUACUUUGCUCAAAAGGAAAGAAGAAAACACCAAAUGACCAGGAUCCCAUGAAACAGUCUCAAGUGUAAAGAGGAAAUGUGGAAGUUAGCUGGAAAAUGAUUUCUGAGACAAUUAACCACUGGUGCAAGGGAUGCUUUUAGGCAAUGAGGAAAGCCUGAGUGGACAGACCUAUGAGUCUUCACAGUAGCAGGGAAAGUUCUGGAAUAAGGACUUGAGUUGAACGUGCGUUUCUUCUAGGGCCUCAUGAUGCUAACUCUCUCAUCUGGAAAUGACAAACGUAUCUGGGUUUAAGCUUGAAAUUGUCUGCAUUAUCCCUAAGGCACAUCAGACGCAAACUUGGAAGAUGUGUAUUUUGAUAUUCAUACUUUGACAGCUAACAGGUUUUUAUGGCUGUAGUGGAGUACAGUUUGACAGGUAUAUGUUUUUAAAAUAGAUGCAAGGCACAUUUGAAGAUAUUAAUAUUUGAAAUUAUGUUUAAAUCAUGAAGAGUAGAUUUUCAAAAUAUUUUGGGAUUUAAUUAGCUCUGUUAAAUACACAGAAGCCUUGUAUACUCUACUUGGACCCUCUGAAACAGCACUGUCCAACAGAAAUGUAAUGUGAGCCACAAAGGCUGGCUAUAUAUGCAAAUUUAAAAUUUUCUAGUAGCACCAUUAGAAAAAGUAAAAAUACAUAGGUGAAUUUCGUUAAUGUUUUAUUUAGCAUUAUAUACCCAAGUUAUCACUUCAAUGUCAUCAUUAUAAAAAAUUAUUGAGUUAUUUUACAUCUCCUUUUAUGAACCAAGUCUUCCAAAUCCAGUAUGCAUUUCAUCCUUUCAGGGACUCUCAAUUCAAAUCUACUGUAUUGGACAGAGCAGCCCUAAAAUUAGAGACAAAGCCUGUUUUAAAAGUUGAAUCUUUCAAAACAGCACUUCAUUCUUUUAUUCAAAGUAUCACAAAUGUUACUUUACAAAGCACUAGUCAAAUGAAGUAUCUUAAUAAGAGUUAGAUAAAGUUACUAUUUUUUAAAGGGUAAAAAAACUAUAAAGCAAUCUACCCAUGACAAAGUUUUGAAAUUAACUUAUUUGCUACUAUGAAGCACUUAUAAUAGGGGAAAUAAAAAUUUUUAAGUCAAAUGUACUUUUUUAAAUCCACAUAAGGUGUCAACUUGACAGGUGAGUAGUUAUGACCAAGCAUUUAGCCUGUAUUUUAAAGUGCUGACAGUUAUUUCCCUUGCUCAACUGGGAAGCAGAAACAUUCAACAUUCUGUGAUAAGUAAUAAAUUGAGUUGUUUAGGUUUGACAGAUGAGUUGAGUAUUUUAUUCUUUGCAUAUUCAUGUAAACCUGAAGCAUGAAUACUGCAGUGAGCUAGAUUAAUGAUUAUAAAUAUAGUGGCCUGUCAAAGAGAGAUCUCUUACGUGAAACAAGGUAAUUUAUUUUUGCUAGCUGUUAUUAUUGUGAAAAGGCAACCAUGAUGGCCAUAGAACCAAAGCAUGGGUUUCGCAUUGCACAAAUCUGGGUAUCACAUUGAUGUACUUUGUAAUUGUCAGUGUGCUUGUUCCUCAUAGGCUACCAUAGGAAAAAGGAAAGAGAGAUAACCUUUUACUGAUUAGAAGGAUGGUAUGAUAUUAGUAGUGGCUGACACUGAGUCCAAAUAGUCCCAGUUCUUAGAAAUACAGCAAAGGUCAACAGCGUCAACUUUGUGUGUGCACGUGGUGUGUGUGUGUUCCUGUAUAUACAUGAGAAAAACGUCAAAGUGUUCAGUUGGGCAGCAAACAAGAGGUUUUUUAAAGCUCAUUUUUCUUAAAACUUGUUGAAUGAAGGCACAGGAAAAAACCAAAACACUUGAGGCAACUAAACUGGACCAAAAUUUCUGCACAAACAAAAACAUAGUGGUGUAAUUAAAAAUAUAUGAACCUCAAACUGGACUUUGUAUUAACUUUCUAAUUUCCAUCUUCAAGGUUUAAGACAUAUACAUUCAUGGAUAAUGAAGCUUUGGGUGACUUAACCAUGGCACUUCACCCAAGGGACUAAACGUGAUUCAUUUCACUUGAUAACUUUCCUAAACAGUUUACUAAUCUAUGUCUACUGAGGUUUAGCAACGACAACAGUUUCACAAGCUCCUGAGGGAACAAAGUUGUCACCAGCAAACAAAGAACGUUGAUCUCUCUGUCCUCUGCUCUGUAAGGAAAAGGAUUAUUUACACCAAAAAUACCAUUUAAAUUCUGCCCAAACUUUAGAAAGAUAGGUAAGUAUGUGGCUCAUAGCACAGUGGAAGAUGAUUGGCUCACAUGAGGCCUGGUUUAUUUAGGGGCACACUGAACACUAGAAUGAAAAAUAGAGAUAAGCAUUACUGUAUUAAUGGUAAAAGAGGUCACAGUGUUUUAAAACCACACGUAAAUUCUCAAAAUUAACUUGAAUAGGCUUUGACUUUCUUGAAAUGAGAAAAUAGAGAGUUCUCUAACAGGUUAAAAGUUAGAAUUACUCUGCUAUUCUUUUUUAAACCCUGAACUCUCGAAUUUAAAUCCUUAAAGAGUUUUCCCAUAAUGGCUGUUGAAGGUUCAAACAACUGAAAUAACUGUGUAUUUAAAACCUAGUGUUGACUGUUUUCUUUUAUACUGUGUGGCGAUGGUCUCUGACCUUUCAGUGACUGGGUGUGGCUUUGUGAAAAUACUUCUGUGGACUGGAUAUACCCUUCAAAAAGAAAAACUGCUCUCUGGAAUGCUCUUCAAUUUUUUGAAGCAUGUUUACCUGCUUAUGUAAGAAAUAAAAUGGAAUUGAAACAAAGGACUUAAAUUGAAGAAUAAAUUGAUAGUUCUACUAAAACCUUGGCUUUUUAUAAUGACUCUGUGGUAUUACCAUUGCCAUUUACACUGUUAAUUUUUUAAAAGAUCUGCCACUUUUACUAUAUAAGCUCAAAUAUUAAAUUGUAAAGAAAUGCAAUCCAUAUUUUUUUUUAAAGUGAAGCCCAAAAGGCAAUUAAGCUUAAGUACAAACAAAACAAAGAUGUUCCCAUCAACUUGGGAUAUAAAACAAUGGAGAAACUGAGGGAAGACAGGUGUACACAGUAAAGGAGUCUUCUAAAUGCCGCAGGAUUAAAUCUCAUCCUGAGCUGCUGUUCAUGGGAUUACAGUCCCAGAGAAACAGCUGCAUAGUUAAUCUGUUUUCCAAAAGGUCCCUGAACCAUCUAUAUAUUUUGGCUGGAAAACUAGCCCAUUAGAGCAAUGGCAUCACUAACAUAUUCUAAUUGUCAUGGAGAUGAGGUGGGGAAGAGUGUUUCAUUUGCCUGACACAGUUCACCUUUCCUUUCAUGCCAAUUAAUAUUUUGGAACAAAGUAGAGCUAUUCAAACUUAACAUUGUCAUUAUUGUAGUUGUCAUACAAUUGUGCAGGACUUACACUUUAAUUAGACAGAAAGCAAUUUUCUUUCCUUUUAUGUCAGCCCAAAGGUGCUAUUUUACAUAUCAAUACAGUUGAGAGGAAGUACUGUUAUUUUGGGCUGCAGUGUUUCCUCCACAUCUGAAGAAAGCCCAUUAGAAACUGCAUUAAAACAAAUGAAAAACGUUAACUGUGUGCAAUUUUGGGGAUUGAGCAUUUGUACUUUUUUUGGUUUUUCCUAAUUCUCUUGCAUUAACGAUUUACUGUUUUGUGAAUUAUGCGUGAUAAGAAAUUAAGGAAAACAAUUCCCUGUGAAAAAAAGACUUUGUAUAUUAAAUAAGUGACCCAAA